AUGGGUGUUCAAGUGAUUUCGUCGUACGACCAGUUCAAGGAGGUGAUCAACAGCGACAAGGUUGUUGUUAUCGACUUCUGGGCCACCUGGUGCGGUCCGUGCAAGAUGAUCAGCCCGAUCUUCGAGAAGAUCUCGGAGACCGUGAGCGACAAGGUCGGCUUCUACAAGGUCGACGUCGAUGACCAGGCCCAGAUUGCGCAGGAGGUGGGCAUCCGUGCCAUGCCGACCUUUGCGUUCUUCAAGGACGGCAAGAAGAUCGAGACGGUGGUCGGUGCUGACCCCUCGAAGCUCCAGGCUGCGAUUACGAAGCUGGCCGCUUAA